AUGGCCCCUCUCCGCACCGCCCUUCUCUGCCUGAUGGCGACCUCUGCCACUGUCUACGCAGAGCACCUGAAGGUCGUCUUCUCGGCCGGUGACUUCUCGACCAUCUCUGGCCCUGCCGGUGGCAACACCAACGGUCACUACGGUGGUUUCGCCAUCAUCAACGAUAACGGCGAUGCGAUCUACGACAACGGCUACCCCGACGACCACUCGCCCUGCUACAACACUGGCGACGGCCGCACAUUCACCAUCGAGGGUGACUGCUGGAGCACCCCCCGCACCUUCAAGUGCAAGGCUGAUUUCGCGGGCCACCCUGAAACCUGUGAGGUCCUUGAUGGCGAUGGCAACAGCCUUGGCUCUGGCGAGGGUCAGACCGAUACUACUUUCAUCGGUAUCUCCAUUGGCCAGGACUCCAGCUGUGUCGUUGAGUUCGACUCUGACAGCGAUGGCUGCCCUAUUGACGACGGCAACGGUCCCCUUCACGUUACCUCCGGUUAA